AUGUUUAAAGUUGUUUCCUUUGUCUUUUUGUUGGUUUAUACCACCCCCAGCAUUGAAUGGCCUACGCAUCUGCUCUGCAAGACUGAUCGGCUGGAGGUAAACUACAGAAGCUGUGGUGAGAUCUUUUAGCUCCAUUUAACUUUUUCUGAUUGGCAGGAAACAGGCAGCUGCAAAGCAGCAGGUGGCUUGCUAGAGUUGGACAUAGCAGACCCGUGGCACAUACCACAUUCAGCCACAAAAGGUUUUGGGUUAAUCUAGGACAGUCACUCAUCCCAGUCCAGAGAUUUAUGUGUAUCUGGGUGUGUGCAUGUGGGUGUGUGCAUCCCUUUCAUGUGCAAGAAUCUCCAUCUUUUUUUUCAAUGGAGGGACCCGAUCGACAUACAAAAAUGAUCCAGAUACAAAAAUACACUGUCUGUGUGGAUUGUUUCCUCCCAUUUAACUAAAUGGAGAGACCAUUCUGUGCAAGCAGCUUCUUGCGUACAUCAGAAUUCCUCUGCUUAGAACUCAUCACUAGAUUGGAGCAAUUGUUUUCCCACCUAAUCACAGGACCAUAGCUUGGGGGGAAUGAACCAUAGCUAAGUUGUAGAGCAUAUGCAUUGCGCACCAAAGGUUCCACGUUCAAUUCCUGACUUAUCCUGGCACUGAUUUGAAAGACUCUUGUCUGAAACGCUGGAGAGCUGUUCCUGGUCUGUGUAGACAAUGUGGAGCUAGGUGGAUCAAUAGUCUCAUUCAGUGUAUCAUUCAUUCUGUGUUCUUAAUCUGCUUCCACUGGGCCAUGGGAGCUUUGCAUCAGAUAAAACUGUGCAUGAUGAAACUUUCAGUUGUCAAGAUUAAAAACAAUUGUAAUAAAAGAAAGAGCCAAAGCCUAGGGGCCAAGGUCCCUUCGCUCCCUCCCAUAAAAUAUUUGAGGGGACCUGGGCCCCCAAAAUUGAUGGAUAUUGGCAUUCAAAUGGUGUGUGCACUGCAUCUUGUGAUCAAUUAUAUGGAUGGGACUUACCUGCCCCCCCCCAAUAUUUUAUUCAAGUUGGCACCCCUGCAGAGAUAUAAUGAAGAGAAGUCCCUAAUAUAUGUCUUUCACCAAUUCAGCAUGAAUUUGGGCUUUUGAACCAAUUUCUAAUAAAACCAACAAGGAGGCAAGGACAGGCCCACUGCAAAGAUGACGCAUGAGCAGUCGAAAAAAUAAUAAUGCAAUUUCGUAACUUUUUUAAAAAGGAAGAUUUGUUUGUUCUUCAGAUCUGCUGGAAAGAAUAAGGGAAACAAGCUGCUCCGAAAUGAAUGGAAAGGCAGCCUCUUGGCAGUGCUUCCUUUUCAACUCGGCACCUCGGCUGGCCUUGCGCUGCACUGAUGCGCCCUGCAGUGGGGACAAAGGGAAUUAGCUUCAUAGGCAUCUCAUUCAUAAGAGGCACGUGACGUGAAAAGUGAUUAAUGGCAAAGGAAGAAUCUGAGCGUUUGUUUUUCCAAUUCAUCCCAACACAAAGGCUGCCCUCCCUGCUUUCCCCUCCCCUGAAGCUCAGGCGCAGCUUUACACAUCCAUUAAAAUAAAACCAGUGAGGGGCACGAGGAGCAAAUAAAUAUUUGGAGUGAAAUCUUUUAGCGGCCGAUUCUUAGGAGACGAAGUUAGCUUUCAGGUAUUGUAAGCGGAUUCCCUUCCUGUAAUAGGAAAAUAGAACUGGCGCUAUGAAACUGGCUUGUUUUGCCCCUUCAGAAAAGGAAAAACACACAGAUGCCCUCUUACUGGUAGUCCAGUCCUGCCAGUCUCAGCUUUUCUAGACUUGCUACAUGUGACCCUUUUCUCUAGUCGAGACACAUGGGGUAGGGGGUAUUUGCAUUUUUAAAACCCAUGAGGUAAUUUAUAUGCACAGCUUCAGAUUUAUAAAUGAUUACUAGAAUUCAAAUAGAAAUACAAAUUUGCAUCUCACCACUGCAGAGAAGGUUGGGAACAGGUGACCAGGGUGCCUGCUCAGUCUGUUGUUCAGGUGCUGCUCACCUUUGAUGGGAAACCUUGUGGUUCUUUUGUCUUCAAACUGGACUUUGAAAUAGAAGACUCCUGCAAACAGGGGACUAUCAACAGAUCAGCCACUUUUUACAACCCAGUUCUAAAAGCCAGUUGUGAGGAUCCCUGAGAUCUACAGAUGAAGGGCAAUAUACAAAUACAAUAAAAUGAAACAAAACCCUCUCACACACAUGAUAAGCAGACAGGUUUUUUUAAAAAAAGUAUUUUCCUAUAUAUAUCCCAAACUUUAUACCGUCUGGUUCAUGCCACAAACAUUGACUAGCAAACACAAUCCUAUACCUUGGUAGCAUGUUCCACUGAAACCCAUGAGGUUUUCGUCAGAGUAAACAUGGUUAACUCAAUGCUAUACAUGGUUCUGAAAGGUGUUAGCCAGCCCAACUUCCUUGAAUGUUUGGUUUUCCUUACAAAUGGAUGAGUAAAUGAAUUAACUCUGGUUGGUUAGCAAAUGGGGGCCUCUGGACCAAAUCUAUGCCCCCAAGAGCAUAGAUUUUUGCCCAUCCAGCAGGUUAUCUGCCACUUCUCUGAUCAAAAUGGGACCCGCCUGAAGUGUCGUCUCUUGAGGGGAAAAAGCAGCCAUAUUGGAGCAGGGUUAUGCAUAUUGGUCCCUGCCCCCCAGCGACAGAUUGAAGGCUAGUGAGUUUUAUGGCUGAAUAAGGGCUUGGCCCUGGAUUAAACAUCCAGCCCUCUAUCAGCUGUGGCUCUCAUGAAUCAGUUUCUUCAGCUCAUUUCUCAAAAGAGCUUAAAUCGAAAGCAUGUGAUUCGGAAGAUUAGGUCUGUCUGAAUUUCUGUGCUUCCUUUGUAUCAAAUUAGUGGGCAGAGACACAGAGAGCUUUUCUUAAAAAAUAAAAAGUUCAUACCUGAGGAGAAAAAGGAUCUCUCUCUCUCUCUCUCUCUCUCUCUCACACACACACACACACACACACACACACACACACACUUUUCUCUCUCCACAGCCAAAGUACUGUUCCCACCCCUCUCUCAGUCACUCUGACAAAUUAAAACCCAGGCUCAUCAACCAUCAUGACAAGAGAUCAAGAAAAAAAACAAACCCAGAAGCCAGUACAUUUCAGAUUUGUCUUUCCCAGAGGUUGUGGGCUUAGAUUAAACUCUGUCAUUUAACAUGAAGCAUAACCCGGUGCUAUUUCCAGAAAUCAACACCAUGGCAGCAGGAAGAAAAAUAUCCCUAAGCUUCAAGGUACCAAAAUGGCUCCCCAGUGCAUGCUUAAGGAGAGUCAGCAAUAAAGACAGAUUAGGCGCCAGAUGGUUUUACUGAUCAUGUGAGGCACAAAUCAGGGCAUGUCAAUAGAGAGCGACUUAUAAAGCACUCAGGUACCUGAUGCACAGGAUGACAUGAGCUGGUCCCAGCCAGGCUCUGCUCUUUGGGUAGACAGACACUGCAGUAUUGGCAGUCCUUUCCUUGAGGGCCAAAUAUUGAUGCCUUCACACUCAACCAAGCAGUUCAAGUUAUAUUGCUUGAAGUAGGCUCACAAGAACCGUUUCAGGUCUCGGCAAAGGGAGAGGGGGAAAGGCAAAAUUCACCACUUGGAUUUAAACACUUCUGGAUGUUUCCAAGAUUAAACCGCAAAAAAAACCUAUUGUUGUGAAUUCUGGGGGGUGGGCUGUUUGCCUGAGUUCCCUUACAGGGUUGCCAUACAUCCAAUUCCCCAGGCAUAUCCAGGAUUCAGCCCUUGUAUACAGUGUCUGGGAAUUCCAAACGUAUGGCAACCCAGAUGUUUGGGCAAAACUUUUUUUUAAAAAAAGCUCACUUUUUGAAAUAUGGCAACCCUACCUUCAUGUUCCUGAAUCAAAGCAAGGAUUGAAUUGCUGGAAUAGCCGGGCCAGUUUCUUGGUGAGAUAAUGGCACAAAAAGCACAAAAUCCAGAGUUCAGUUGAGGUGUGUGUGUGUGUGCUAGAAGCAGGAGGCUGCAGGCUGAAGCCUGUGAGGGAGAGAGAUGCUUGAUUUCUGAUGGAAUUCAAGGCAAUGGGAGAAGCAAGACCUUCUUGGGGUGUUAAUGCUGUGAGCACUGUGAGCCCCUCCAUCAUAUGCUCAGGCAGUGUUUCUUUUCCAAGGGGGGAGGAGGUGCCAGUACUUCACCGGCGGCUCCUGUGACCUCACUGCCCCACCCAUCAUGAGCAUCACCAGCGAAGCAACCAGGGUGCACAUGGUGGGCAGCAGAGCACACUACAUGGUGGAGCAGGGCAUCACUGCCGUGUCGCCCACUCAGUCUAAUCUCAGUCUAAUCAGUCAUAGUUUUUUGCCUGUGUAUUCUUUCCUCCCCUACCCUCCUUCUUUUCCUCACACAUUUCAAUAAGAACACUUCUUGGGAGGGUGGCAUAUCCUGGUUUGCAAAGGGAAAUUAAACCAUCGUUUCCCUGUUACAGUGCCUCAAGAAACUGUGGUUUAACAACCCACAAUAGAAGUACCGAAGUCGAGUGUGUGCAGGGCCACACGCUUCAUUCUUGGUCUAAAAAGCCCAGGUGUCUGAGAUUGAGUCUGUCAUGACCAAAUGUGUCAUAGUCUUCAUACCGGAGGCAAACUAUGGUUUGCAGUAAUCAAAGUUUGCCCUACUCAGUUGUUAUAGUGAAGAUGAGUUCUCACCAGCCAGAAAAUUAGAGAGAGGAGACAACGGAAGCACGUCAGGAGAAAUGCAGGCGUGAAACCAUGACUUGGCUGUGACACCUGAACCAAAUGCCAGUAUGCCGAAUUAGAACGGGGAAACAGGUGCUCCUGAGAGACCAGGGUUGUCUGUUCUGGCCAACAGACUCUCUAGGGUCUCACAUAGAGGUCUUUCCUUUCACCUGCUAUCUGAGAUAUUUAAGAGGAAAACAGCAGCAGCAAUAGCCUGGAGACGCCAGGGACUGAAAUCUGUAAGAAAAGUGUUUACUCUUCCCAGCGGCCUUGCAUCCUAAGCCUUUGGGUGUGCUGGGGUACACAUGCCUCAUAACCGGUUGAUUGCCUGAAAUGUUACAGCUUCCUCCUUUCUCAGGCAAAUUGUUUGGCGGGGGGGUGUUGUUUCAUCCCCCAGCAGGAAGUGGGGUGGCAGAAAGCCCAAAGUGCGUUCACAGUGCUGCAGACCUCUUUUUAAUGACCUUCUGCAUCUAUGCAAGUGUAAAGCUGAAAGGAGGGGGAGAGCUUACAUCAGCUGUCAGAAGUUUGGGGAAACACUGCGUUCGGCAAAAAUGUUUAACUAUGAUUUUUAAAAAUGUCCUGCAAUCAUUUUUUUCAUCAGUGCUGUUGGGAGUAUUAAAUGAGAGGGUGUAUUUUUAAGGGUUUUGAAAGCACUAUGUAAGUGUUAAGAAUUAUUCAUUCAUGUGUUCAUUUCCAGCUUCCUUCCUGCUCUAUUUUAGUGUGAACCUGGGGGAUGGAGGGGGGGGAGUGAGCUAAAGUAAUUCACUGCCCUGCCAUUGUUUCACUGCUCCCAGAAGUAUAAUACGGAAAGGCCAAAGGAUUCCCCCCCAUACACACACCACUAAGAACUGCAUGAACUCAGCCAGAUCAAUGCCUUAGUAGAAACCCAUGCCAUUGAUUUGCAGGAUUCUGUUUUCACAAAAAAUAAUUUAAAGCAAUAAUGUGUUAGAAAAUUAUCCACUAACCGUUCAGGGUUAUUGAACCAAAUCAUGCAUGGGCAGUAAGAGGUUAUUGGUGGAGGAGGUGAUGGAACAAUUCUAAACCCCUGUUCAGGUAUUCAAAGAACAAAAGGGGAGAAAGAGUGGAAGGGGCAGGAGUUUGUGGAUGCUAGCUCCUCCCCCAGUGUCCCUGUAGGCUAUGACCCCAACCUCCACUCAUUAAUGCUAAAUGCCUGAACAGGAAUUAUUUAUGGGAGGAAUUCAACUUUGCGUUCUUCGGACCAUUCACUCUGCAUAAGCAUUGCAGCUUGACAGGCAAAGCGAUUCCACCCUCUCCUUCCUCCUAGGAGUUCUCCUGACCCCUUCCAGAGCUAAUUUCAGGGGGACAGGAUGCACAAGGAGAGGAGAGGAAAGGCUUGUCGUGUAAGUGGAAAUUCUCAGGGCUCCUAGGUGAAUCCCAUCUCAUGCGUUUGGCUGAACUAGCUUAGUAUUCCCGUGGCAAUCAGGAUCCCUGCACACCCAGGGUUCCUGAGCACAGGGAAGGUUCUAAGCAUGCUCAGCCAAACAAAGAACCACCAUCAGAUCUUCAGCCUUGAUAUCCAGGGGAUCUGGGUUGGUUCAGGUGGAGAAAAGGGGCAUUGGGGGAGAGCUGGUACAUGCUUUUAUUCCCUCCUGUUUCUUUGAAGACCUGAAUAGGGCUGUAGCAUGUUUCUAUUAGUGAUUCCAAAAUGCUGGGCGGGUCUCCUCUCCCCAGUGGCUCAUAGGAGCAUCAGAUACUUCAUUGUUUGGGACAGAUCAACCUGUUGCUUAGAUUAUUGGCUGAAGGCAUGAAAGAGAUAAGAAUACAGUGGUACCUCGGGUUACAGAUGCUUCAGGUUACAGGUGCUUCAGGUUACAGACUCCGCUAACCCAGAAAUAGUACCACAGGUACUUUGCUUCAGGAUGAGAACAGAAAUCGGGCUCUGGCAGCGCGGCGGCAGCGGGAGGCCCCAUUAGCUAAAGUGGUGCUUCAGGUUAAGAACGGUUUCAGGUUAAGAACGGACCUCCAGAACGAAUUAAGUUCUUAACCCAUGGUACCACUGUACAGAGUUGGACAGGCAGCUAACCAAGUAUUUACCCAAGUUGUUCCCUGGCUGAAGGCCUUUUUGAUAGGGCGUCAUUGUGCAUGCACACAUCUCAGCAAGCUUCAUCUCCAGAACAGGAGUUCAUUUCCUUUUCCCAAGUCAGACUGUGGGUCUGUCCAGCUCAGUGUUCUCCAGUGUUCUCCAGAUUGGGCUCUUUCCCAAACCUACCUGGAGAUGCCAGGAGCUGUCCUUGGGACUUUCUCCGUGCAGAGUUUGUGUGGCACAGCAGUCAACCCCUACUGGAAACAAUAUUCCAUCCUCAGAGGAUGUUCCCAGAGCUAGGGUCCAGUUCGCCAUUUUUUCCCUUUCUCUUGGAGCAUUGCAGCUUCCCACUGGUUCCCACAUGGUGCAUAUGCAGUUAUUCCAUGAUCAAAAGGAUGAAGUGUGACGAGUAAACUUUGAAUUCUGCGAGUGAGAACAGAUUGGAGAAAGUGGGUGGAGGGAAGACUGUGAAUUCAACAGUGCCACUUGUUCUAGAAUGUGGCAGCGACGUGAAAAGUUGAAGUGAGAGUGUCAUUUUCUCCUAGGAAAGAAGGGUAAACAUUAUGACUCUGUGAGAACUGAGGAUGUGUACAUUUGCAGCCUGCAGUUGGACGGGUGAAUGAAUGGGGCUCCCUGAGUGAAAUAAGGAGAAGGCUGGUCCUCAGUCAGGACUGCAAACUGGGCUGGGCUUCUUUUCCCAGUCUGUGCAUUUCAACGUAAGAAGAGCUUGCUGGGCCAUCUAGUCAAGCAUCAUUUUUCACAGUGGCCAAACAGAUGACUGCAGGAAGCCCAAAAGCACAACAAUACUCUCCCCUCCUGUGGUUUCUAGCAAUGAGUAUUCAGAAGCAUUGCUGUCUCCCACAGUGCACUGCUUAAUCCAAGCCAGAGCUCACCUGGAGUUAAGCCCAGAAUCUGCUUUCAAAAGCAUAGCUCAGCAUCAAAACUUGGGAAACAAUAUAGACAAGCAUGCCUUUCAGCUUAUAUACAGCACCUUUCCUUUAUCAGCUGAAUAAUCACCAACAGCCUCCCCACCACACAACCUGGGGAGCGCAGAAACAGCAGACAGACAAGCCAGUUAGGUGACACGGGACCCAGGCUAUUUUGGGCAUCAGUGUCGAUCAGGGCCAUGUUAAUUGGCUGUCCCAGGCACAACCCACUAGGUUGUGUAUCCCAAGCUACACAGUUUUCCUAAAUGGCCUGCAGCACCCUGUAGAGCAGGCAUGGCCAAACUUGGCCCUCCAGCUGUUUUGGGACUACAACUCCCAUCAUCCCUAGCUAACAGGACCAGUGGUCAGGGAUGAUGGGAAUUGUAGUCCCUAAACAGCUGGAGGGCCAAGUUUGGCCAUGCCUGCUGUAGAGGAUAGGAAAAAAUGCUGCAUUUACUGAAAUUAGCCCAAUCUGCCAUUCUGUGGAUUGCACACACACACACACACACACACACACACAUAUAUAUAUAUAUACACACACAGAGAGAGAGAGAGAGAGAGAUUUCAUGACAUCUGAAACAAAAUACAAAAUGCCAGCUGCUGUACAUCUCUCCCCACUGCAGGUGCAAAACUAAUCCACACUUGAAGGCACAAUGCACAGAUAGAAGAAUUACUGUUCUCAGAUCUGUGACUUGUGCAGCAUACAAGCAACAUUUUUUUUUAAGCAUACAAGCAACAUUUUGAAGAAGGAAGGAAGUGUCUCUCUCUCCCCCCCACCCCUGACCUUCUGCACAAAAAUAAAAAGAAGUAAAACAUUCUCUUGCAGAAGUCAAAUUACCAUUAUCCAGAAGAGGCCGAGGAGGAAAUGGGAAAGGGGUAAUGAAAACACUGAAAAGAGAAGUCAAAAUCAACCUGGUUUUGUAGGUCCUUCCCGAAAAUACAAUUACAAAAUAACUGUCAGAAGUUUUUAAAUGAAAAAAACCACCAAACAACAUUCUAACAGUAACCGUGUAAAAAAAGAAGAAAAAGAUUGCUGCCAAGUUCCCAACAUACAUUAAAGGGAGAUGAUUGGGUGCUUGUCUCAUUGGCUGAAAUUAAUGUGUGACAUGGCUUCAACUGUGUUGGCAUUUUCCGCACCCCGCACAAAAGGCAGCCAGUGAAGAAGACUGAGGGAACAGAGAAACACGAAAGCUAGGAGAUCACACCUGCAAUAUUCAAAAACCAGUAAGGAAAUCUUGAAGCCUAGCUAGCUUUGACAUGCAACCACUGAAAACACAAAUAGCAGGAAUAGUUCCUGGCACAUAAUGAAAGCAGAGGAAAACACUAUGAGGUUAUGGGGGGGGUUGCUCUUUUUCAAGUGCCAUCUCAGCAGUAUUGGGGGUCUGACUCCCAAAAAGAGUUCAGGUUUGGAUGAAAUCUAGAAGGAACGAAGGGGUGGCAAUACAAUGGUUUCAGAAUUCUGGGUGACCCUGAACAGCUCUGGACAGCUCCGUAUAGAGCUCAAGUGGGAGACUCCAUACAAGUUGUUUCAGCACCAGUCAGUCUCAGACUGAGCCUCCAAAAGGAACUGCAAAUCUGAGAAGCUGGAUCUGUAUUCUUGCUUUAGUACUCAUCAGCUUCAGCUGAGAUGGGGAGACUGUGGUCCCACUUGAGUGUCUGACCUGGAACCCUCAAAGUCAGAGGAGGGCAGCAUGACCUCCUCGGACCUCAGGAGUACAGGCAUUGUGGGCUCCUCUUGCACAAGUUCUUCUGGAUUAAUAUAGACAUCAGGGUCUGGGGGCAAUUGCUAUGCUAUCCUAUGCUAUGCUAGUGUUUAUUUAUAUACCACCCAAAGCAAAACAAGGCAGCUUCCUAUGAUGCUAUGUAACUGCAGCAGGUUUUGAGGUUCCUUGAGUUCAUAAAAUAAGGAGGUGUGGGUGCACUCAUAGAGAAAUGGAACAGCACGUCAUCAGACCAAAAUAGUGGUUCUCAUUACAACAUUUCAUUUCAGAGUGGCGCUUUCAUAGGACAUUUGAUCUUAGGGCCCCUCCAGACUGGUGUUUUAUUGCAGUUCUUAUUCUUAAUGCAAUUAGUGCAUUAGUGGGAGAUAUCUUCUACUUUCUUUUGUCCUGUAAUGCUUUCCCAAUGCUACCACAUUAUUGCCGUCCAGAGGGGCUAUAGCCCAACAAAAGCAGAACAAAAAUAACCAGAACAUUUGUGGUCUAAAAAGUGAGACAAUGUCAGCGGGAAGUUAUGGCACUGGUACUGACUGGAAAUGCAGCAGUGUGGCCAGCCCAGAACUUGUGUAACUGCAAGCGGGGGGAGGGGGUUGUGUGUGUCCACCUUGAUAGCAUCAAAUCAUGAUGAAUGAAUAUUAAGUGGCGUCACCAGAUUAGUAGAGCAAUAUUUUCUGGAUGUCUCUACCAAACCUCCCAUUUAGGGGUCCACUUGCUCCUAAAUCAAGUCUCCUUUGUAAUGUAUAGAAAAUUGAUUCACCUGUGGCUUUCAUUUUCUUUUCUUCACAGAUCCACUGCAAGAUUUGGCUUUUAGCAUUGGCACCUGCUCCAAUGUAGUGCCCGAAACUCUUAACAUCAGAAUAGCAACCAUUUUAAGUAAGUAUAAUGUGUUUGACUGUCUCCUAGGACUCUCAGUCCUCAGAACUCAACCGAAGCCAGAUGAUACCUCCAAGGAUGGGGGUGACUGAGUCCCUGAAGCUCCCAAGAGGCGAUGUCCCUAGACAAUGAGGUCUCCAUCCCUGGUCUCAGAAAAGGAUAUUCUACCCUCCUUCCUUCUCAGGGUGACUCAGAUGACUCCUCCCCUGAACUACCAUCAGCUUAAAAACGCUCUCUUCCUAUACCACACCAAACACAAGUGUUGCAGGGUAUCUUUCAAGUAUAGCAUAGCACAUACCUAUGUAAUGGGACACAUAACCUUUAUUUUCCAAAACAGACCCCUGCCAGGGAAGCGGGGGGCUCAACCUGACCUCUCUCUGGCAGUCUGUAUAAUGCACCCAUCAACUUCAGACCAGUGCUGAAGCAACGCUCCAAUUUCCUUACUUCCAAACUUGCUUUUAUCUAUGUAAUAGCAAAUCACAUGCGACGAAUUGCCCUUGCAAGAGUCCAAUCCAGAUCAGGACCCAGGGAGCGGGGCAAGACUGAGUGUGUGUCUAGAUACAUUCAGCCAAUCUGAGCCCUGAUAAUAGGCCUUUCCCCCAACAUGUACUUGUCUAAGGGGGCCGUCAUGGACAUAUGUGUUCAGUUGUACUUACUCCCAAAAAAGUGUGUAUAAGACAGCUGCCUAAUUUUGGAAACCAUCACUAUUUAUUACACUCAGAAACACAUAACAUCUUGCUGUCACCAAGGUCCUCUUCAAUAUGCAUAACUUUGAAGGAUAUCCUUCUUGGCAUCAGCAUCCCAGUAAUGGAAUUCCUUCCCUUUUCAGAUUCAUUGGACAUGGACUUUGUUGGGUUUUCUUUUUUUAAAAAAAUAUUUUUUAUUAACCAACCAAUCAAAUCAAAUCAAAUCACAUCACAUAAAUUCCGAAUUACAAAGCCGAAUUUUAAAUUUUUUGUUGGGGGUACCCAUAUUUCAAGUUCCGAAGGGGAUUCCAAUCAUCUUCUUGCUGCUGCGUUAAUAUCCACAAAUCUGUCCAAAUAAUGUUCAUAAUUCUAUCCAGGCCUAUCUUGCUGUUCCCACAUCUCAUCUUAUUCAUAUAUUUUUCUUUUUUCUUUGUGAUCUCUUCUGAUAAUCUCCUUAAGCAGGUAAACACCAGUUGUAAUCCUGUGUGAAUUUUUCCGUUCAUCCAAUCAACAUAUCAAGAUGGUUUCCAUAUAUCAUCACUUCCAUAAAUAAAAGCACUCUUUCCAUCAUUAAUCUUUGCAAAUCUGUCGCCCUCUGAGGAGGCUCGCCCGCAAUAUGAAAACAGAUCCAUUCCUCCUCCCAGACAUAAGUCUUUCGACAGAGCUUGCCAAAAUGGUGACGCUAUUUUUUACUGCGUCAUCCCAAAGCUCUUAUACUUUCCACGAUCUCCUUAAAACAUGCUUUUGGUUAGAAAUUAUCUCCACACAGUCUUAAAUCAUCAGCUUAGGUCAUUUAAGCGGCAUUUCUGACUUGUGGGGAGGGGAUUCUUGGUUAAUCACAUAAAGAAAAGAAAGGAAAGUCCCCCCCCCCAGUCCCGUUGUCGGCAUCCCGAGCCUUGGUGUGUCUUCUCAUGAUAUAUUCCUGUUUAUCCGACCCGUCUUCUUUCUCAGAGAUCUCUUCAAUUAGCAGUCUUUACUCCCCAUUCUUCCUUGAAAUAAGUGCAUUUGCUUCCUCCUAAUUGUUUCUUUUGAAGUUGCUGCAGCUAGUGGCGCGAAUCAGAGACAGCAUCCAGGAGAGCCGAAGUCCACACAAGGGCUUUCUGCCUAGUGCCCCCACCCUCUCGAAUUCAGGGGUGGUAUAGGGCACAGCAGGCAAGGGCAGUCCACCCCCACUCGCUUGGGGGGGCAGGGAGGCUGCUUACUCCCAUCACAGCCUCUUAAUUACCUCGUGUGGGUCGGAGAGAUGUUAUUGUCGGCCAUCUUCCAAUGCGCCCCUAGUGGCCCCCGGACUUUGUUGGGUUUUCAGGGCCAAGCUGAACUUGUUGUUCAUACUGUUGAUUUCAGCUUAUUCGUUCUGUUUGUUUUAAAUAUGUGUUUUGCGUUUAUUUUAAUGUAACCCUCUCUGGGAUUGUCUUGGCAAUGAUGAGCAAGUAGGAAAUAUUUUAAAUAAAUAAAUAGUGGUGAUUAAACCCAUUAUGUAAACAAAGAACAAAAUUUCCCUCCCUCCCUGUUCUUUAAAAAAAACCUAACUAACAUAGUGACAAUGUUCUGAUUUCCAUACAAUUGCUCAUUAGAUUUAUAUUCUGUCUCUCUCUACAGGGUACAGCAUCAGGAAACUGUCUGUGGAAGUAACUCUUGGCAUAAAUGGGGCGAGUGUUCCGUUUUACUCCAAGGAACUUUGCGAAGAGGAUCACCCAGAGUUUCUUUACUGCAGAAAGAAGAAAGGAGGUGAUUAAUUUUUCAGGAAUAACAUGCUAAAUGUUCAGUGGCUAGCAGUUGUAGUGAGCAGGGAGAAGGUGCCGUGUCAGUUGUACACAACAGGUUGGAAAUAUCUGACCAGCCUGUUUAAUUUUACACAAACAAUUUUCCAUGACAAAAUCAUUUCCUGCAAAAAGCAUUGUGCUAGAAUUUUCUUGUAGGAGGUUCUACUUACAAGGCAGAGCACAAUGUGAAGGUAUACAAAGCUUACAGGUAGACAGGUGUUGCUCUGGUCUGGUAAGCACAUGGACGGAAGACUACCAGGAAAGCUCAAGGGUGUCUUGUUGAAUUCCAGGAUGAGCAAACAUAGGACACAAACAUCUUAAAUAAACGCAAGCCCAAGGGAUAAGUGAAGCACAGCACCUUUAGCAAGGAAAGGGCAGUAAUUCAGUGGUAGAACACCUGAUUUGAAUGCAGAAGGUUACAGGUUCGAUCCUUGGCAACUCCAGGUAGGGCUAAGACUGUCCCCUGCCUGUGACUCUGGAGAGCCACUCCCGGUCAAUGAAGACAGUUCAGUGGUAGACGGAUCAAUCCUACUACCAUUCAUUCCUGAUUACAGCAAAAUGUCUACAAGUAGAAAUAUGACUGGGUUAAAUUAUGCAAGAAGCAUGGAGCAAUUGCAAAACACACAGCUGCCAUUCAGUACAUAUGCAGUAGUGCUGUUUUCAUUACACUGGUAUGCAUGGUAUUGGUCACAUCAACAACACUGAGAAAAUAUCCAUAGUGUUUGCGAUAAUGAACAACAUUCCCACUGCCAAAUAUGCAUUUCCACAGCUGUAUACCAUAGGGGUAAAACAAAUUGUAUUCUUGGCAUACAUAACUGGUAAGCAGGGUGAUCAAUUUGUUAAAGAUUUGUCAAUCAAUCAAUCAAUCAAUUAAUCAAUCAAUCAACUGCCUUGCUCGGAACAAUUCACCAAUGAAUUUUACAUAAAUAUAAUGACCUAUUGCAAAGUCAUACUAAAACAGCCUUUUUAAAGCUUCCUUCCCACAUUACUUAAAAUAACUCCUCAUUUUAUCCUAGCUUCUAAUAAAGACAAUAAGGGGAAGGCAUAUUUUAAUUUUCUCGAUCAUCAGAUUUGACAUUUGGAGGAAUUACAUUUGCCUGGCCCGCAGCGUGAGAGGUCCUUCAGGAGUUUUAAGCGUUGUGGGCCCUAUCAAUUAAUCAGGAGGAAAGUAGUCAUCCUCCAUUAACACGUUCGUUUGUUAAACCUGAAAUACACUGGAAUUUGGCGAGUCCAACAAGUUCUGCUGCACUGGGCGCCAGCACUAGAGGGCACUGCAGAGCUUCUCAGCUACAACAUAGUGACUUGAGCAGAACAGAAGGUGAGAGGUGGGGGGGUGCCAAAUUUUGGCUUUGUAUAGGGUGCUGUUGAAAUGUUAAAGACCAACAUCUGCCACUGAAUUUGGGGACCCAAAAUGUCAAGCUUCAGGGGCCAGGAAAAGGCUGAGCCACAGAAGCAGGUUUUUAGAGGUUAACAGUUUGAACAUGCUACUGCUUGGUGGAGCAUCGAAUACUGCUCAUUGCUGUGCAGCCCUCUGCUAUCGGUAGAUAGCGCACAUGCGGACAGUGUGCAAUAAAUGAGAAAGAAACGUGCUUUGAUAACACAAUAAGGUAAUCAUGUGCAAAGGCCCCCGUGGCUCUUUCUCUGCUGCAGUCACAUCUCAAUCUGAAACAUAAUAAACACCGUGCUGUGAGUUUCAUGACCACGCAACGGUUCAUCUACUAAGAUGGCCUCGGAGGAAUUGCUAGCACUUUUUAAAAAAUAUGUCACAGAAUAAUAGACAAAUACUACAUGAGCAACCAAUCAUGCAAAUUAUUGAAGUCGGACUGAUGGAAACAUUACAUUCCGAGUCUCUCUCUCUCUCUCUCUCUCUCUCUCUCUCUCUCUCUCUCUUGUAUAUUGAAUUAAAGAAAAAUGAGAAGAGGAAUAAAGGCACCCACAGAUCUCCUAGCAGUCUGCCUUAUUUUGAUGAAGUGCUUAAUAAGAACCUGUAGAAAAUACAUUAGAGAGUACUGGAGUCCAUCGCGGGUCCCAACACAAACUGCUGUGUGCAUAUUAAAUCAGAAGGCCACAUUUUUCUGGGGGUCUGCAAAUCCUCAGUAAGACAGGAAGUAUUGUUCCACGCACACACACACACACACACACACACACACCCCAAAGUGAAGCAUAUUGUGACAAAAAGUCACAGCUUUUUUAUCAGAUAUUACUAUAUAUCUUCAUCUAUAGACGCUGCUCCCAAAUGCUAAUAAAACUUUUUCUCCGUGCUUUGAAUUGAAGCUACUUUCCCUUUAGUGAUAUGUGAUUACAAAUAUUUCCAUCCACAUGCUCAAGGAAGAUAAUAGUACAGGUUAUCUAUCUAUCAGUUAUCUAUCUCUACACUCUAGAUCAGGGGUCAGCAAACUUUUUCAGCCGUGGGCCGCUCCCUUGUCCCUUGGACCUUGUGGGGGGCCAGACUAUAUUUUGAGGAGGGGGGAAUGAAUUAAUUCCUAUGCCCCACAAAUAACCCAGAGAUGCAUUUUAAAUAAAAGGACACAUUCUACUCAUGUAAAAACUGCCUGGAGGCGGUUGGAGGAUGGAUGGCGGCUAAUGGAUUGAAGUUGAAUCCUGACAAGACAGAAGUACUGUUUUUGGGGGACAGGGGGCGGGCUGGUGUGGAGGACUCCCUGGUCCUGAAUAGGGUAACUGUGCCCCUGAAGGACCAGGUGCGCAGCCUGGGAGUCAUUUUGGACUCACAGCUGUCCAUGGAGGCACAGGUCAAUUCUGUAUCCAGGGCAGCUGUCUACCAACUCCACCUGGUACGCAGGCUGAGACCCUACCUGCCCGCGGACUGUCUCGCCAGAGUGGUGCAUGCUCUAGUUAUCUCCCGCUUGGACUACUGCAAUGCGCUCUACGUGGGGCUACCUUUGAAGGUGACUCGGAAACUACAACUAAUCCAGAAUGCGGCAGCUAGACUGGUGACUGGGGGUGGCCGUCGAGACCACAUAAUACCGGUCUUGAAAGACCUACAUUGGCUCCCAGUACGUUUCCGAGCACAAUUCAAAGUGCUGGUGUUGACCUUUAAAGCCCUAAACGGCCUCGGCCCAGUAUACCUGAAGGAGCGUCGCCACCCCCAUCGUUCUGCCCGGACGCUGAGGUCCAGCACCGAGGGCCUUCUGGCAGUUCCCUCAUUGCGAGAAGCAAAGCUACAGGGAACCAGGCAGAGGCCUUCUCGGUAGUGGCUCCCGCCCUGUGGAACGCCCUCCCAUCAGAUGUCAAAGCGAUAAAUAACUACCUGACAUUCAGAAGACAUCUGAAGGCAGCCCUGUUUAGGGAAGUUUUUAAUUUGUGAUAUUUUAGUGUAUUUUUGGUUUCUAUGGAAGCCGCCCAGAGUGGCUGGGGAAACCCAGCGAGAUGGGCGGGGUACAAAUAAUAAAUAAUAAUUAUUAUUAUUAUUAUUAUUAUUAUUAUUAUAAAAACACGCUGAUUCCCGGACCAUCCGCAGGCAGGAUUUAGAAGGCAAUUGGGGCGGAUCCGGCCCCCAGGCCUUGGUUUGCCUACCCAUGCUCUAGAUUCUAGUGUGUAGAAGAAGAAGAAGAGUUUGGAUUUGAUAUCUCACUUUAUCACUACCCGAAGGAGUCUCAAAGCAGCUAACAUUCUCCUUUCCCUUCCUCCCCCACAACAAACACUCUGUGAGGUGAGUGGGGCUGAGAGACUUCAGAGAAGUGUGACUGGCCCAAGCUCGCCCAGCAACUGCAUGUGGCGGAGUGGGGAAGCGAACCCGGUUCACCAGAUUAUGAGUCUACCGCUCUUAACCACUACACCACACUGGCAGAGGUGGGAAACAUUUAUGUCUCCCAAGGCAAGAUCCUUACCAGGAUGGGCCUCGCAGCACUAACCACCUGUCAGUCACAUGAAAUCAUUAUGACAUUGCAAGAUUGCCAGGUGUAUUGUCCCGCCCGCUUGUCGAGAUCCCCUGCAGGCUUCCCAAGCCCCAGCUGCCACGGAGAAAGAAGCCUGCAUUUUAAGGUGCAGUUACGCUUGCUUCCCGCAGUGGCAGCAGCAAAUGGGGAGAAAGAUGUUCAACCUACAGCAUUGGAAGAGGGAAGGAUCGGCACAGGGCAGUUUCACAGAACCACACUGGGAGGGAUAAGCGGCUGCCAUCCCCCAGCAAGGCAUACACCUACUGCUUAUGGUUUGUAGACAGUGCUUUUUUUCUUUAAAAAAAUGUUUAGGGGUACUCUCAUUUUGACUCAAGAAAAUCACCAUUUUAUAGUUCAAAUCAGGAAAAAUAAAUACAGAAAAUGGAGAAAAGUACAAAGAUUCACAGAAUGCUUAAAGGUAUCAUCAUCAUCAUCAUUUUUUAAUUUGUAUGCCGUCUUUCUAUCUUACAAUUCUCAAGGCGGUUUACAAGCUGAAGAAACAAAAAAUGUACAUCUUAUAACAAUCUAAUGCAAGACAAAAAUGUGAUAACAAAACUUUAAAAUAGGCAACCUACAUCAAAAAAGUAACAUUCAACAAUCAUUAGAAUAGUAUUAAAUAAUAAUAACAUAUAAAAGUUAAACAGAAAUCCACUCAACAGUUACAAUAAAUAAUUUCUAAACUAUAAUCAAUAAAACAAUGGCAAGCCUCAGUAUGCGUACUGCGUUCUGGGGGGGGGACACAGGGGUAUGCGUACCCCUGUGUCCCCCCCAGAAAAAAGCACUGGUUGUAAGCAGCAAAGGAGCAAUCAGGAGUCCACUUUCAGCUCCCAGUCAUUCCUCUGCAGCCUUGCCAUUACCUGAAGUCAUGCAUGAUGUCAGAAGUAGGGUGAGUUGACAUGGCUUCCUCAAAACAGCCUUGUGGGCUAAAUUGGGAGGCUGGCAGACUCAGUCUGAGGCAGAGGUUCUCCACCCUGGUCUAGAGCAAGGAACAGUAUUCCACAACAUGGAGGCAACAAGCAAGAAAGCCCCUUUUCAUGUGUCUUCAAGACAUGCUUUGGAAAUGAAUGGCCAUCUCUGUCUCUUGGCCCUGUUUUGAUUCCAGUCUUGUUGGCACUGGCCACAUCUAUUUGGUAUACUGGAGGAGUCCUACUGCCCACACUCAGUUAAAACAGCUAUAAAUACCCAUAUGUCCCGGUCACUGUGAUAAACUGCUAGAUGUCCGAAAAGUUUGUAUGUUCUUAAUGCACCAGGGAAGGAGCGAGCUGGAGAAAGCAUAUUAGACAUCUACUGGAACAACAACUCUGGAUCUCAGUUCAUUUCUGAGCAGGGAUUUCAUUUCUAGUUUUCUUCCAGGAUAUUGGAGUUAUCCAUUAUAACCAUGGAUAUUAUGUGCACAGACAGUACACUACCUAGCUGUAAAAUCAUUUCUGGCUCUCUCACUUGCUACUGAUUUAUUUCUUUUGCAGAACUAAUCUACUAUGAAGGGCCUGUCUCAGUGGGAUUCCACGAGCUCCCUCAGGUAGGCUUUUUCUAGUUUGCCCUCUGAAAUAUAAGUAUUAUUCGAGUAGCAAAACCACCAGUGGCAGUGAUGACAUUUUAAGUGAACAUGCCCCCAAAAGGGGCUAGCCAAUCAUUGCAGGGUUAUUCUGAUCUAAUGACUUCCUCUUAUUUCUUUCUAGGGAGACCUUGAUGUAAAGGUGGAGUUUUUAAAUCAAGACCAUCACACUAUUAUUUGUGCUAAUUUCACUGUUAAGAGUCACUGA